GCUCACAAACUGAACCCCGUUCGUUGCCUGGUCCAUAUCCCCCCACCUUCGCGACUGCUACUCCAUCAUGGCCAGAAUUGCGGUCUUUCUGACACUAUUAUGUGUCGUGUUUACCUUUUUCUCAGUUGAAGUGGCUGGAAAGCCAAACCCGAAACUUGAACGAAUCCUGAAGAUGACGAGAUCCGGCAAAGGCACUGCCAAACUUGAUUCACAGAGCUUCGUUAAGUCCCUGGAAAGCCCAAGAGAUUAUGCAAUGGUUGUAUUGCUCACUGCAUUAGGUGACAAGUUCAAAUGCACACCAUGCAAAGAGUUCGACCCUGAAUUCCGACUAGUUGCAUCCAGCUAUCAUAAAAAGAAUGAAAAGACUGAUUUGUUCUUUGGACAUCUCGACUUUGAAGACGGUCAAUCUAUCUUUCAACAGAUGAACAUCAUGUCAGCUCCUACUGUAUUGUAUUAUCCACCAUCAACCAAAGGAAGACCAAGUGAGCCCAGACGAUAUGAUGCCAGCAAGUACGGUUUCACUGCAGAGCCAUUUGCUGAUUUCUUGAGCAAGGAGAUUGGCCAUGAAGUACCGGUUAUUCGACCUUUCGAUUACACCAAGAAUGGUCUUAAAGUGUUCUUCCUGGUUGGUGCUUUAGCCAUUAUCAAGCUUUUGUAUACACACUUUGCUUUCGUUCUCAAUAACAGAUAUACAUGGAGCGUGAUCAGUUUGAUUACCAUUCUUACCAUGAUCUCUGGACAUAUGUGGAACCACAUCCGUAAGCCCCCGUACAUCAUGCCUGGUCAAAACGGACAGAUCAAUUAUAUUGCAAAUGGCUUCCAACAGCAGCUGGGUAUGGAGUCACAAGUUGUUGCCGUCAUCUACGGUAUCUUGUCGUUCUCCGUUGUUUCGCUCGCUAUUACAGUCCCACGACUUGAGAAAACAAAGCAGCGUUAUGCUGUCUGGAUCUGGAUGGGCUGUAUUCUCGUUGUGUUCAGCUUUUUGAUGAACUUGUUCAAAAUUAAGAAUGGUGGAUAUCCCUUCAAGCUACUGUUCUAGAGGUAGAAAGCGAAAUGAAGAAAACCAGAAUGAAUAUAAAAAAAAUAAAGGCACUCCAGCCAAUUGCAAACUAUUCACUACAGUGCCACCCAGAUGUUAAGAAAUUGGUAUAAAAAAUGCUUUAUUACAG